UGGAGCGGAAAGCGGAAGUAUUCGUCCUUGUUUACAAACAUUAACAAGAUGGCGAUAGUUGACUAAUCAGUUGAUUCUAAUCAGGGCAGUGGCAUACUUUUGCAUGUAGAUAACUUUAGAUUCGACUAUAUUGAUUUCAUUGGUACACAUAUUCAUUAAUUAAGAAAACAAUACCGGAAAUGAGUGAACUAAACAUGAAAUCGUUAGAAGCAAAGGUAGUAGUUCUCGGUUCGCAAGGUAAGUUUUGCCUUGCCUUUUAAAUAAUUUAAAUUUUUGUUUUUACCGAAGUCCUAUACAUUACAGUUCUUUACAUAAAUUUAAUGAUGUGUAAGAAGCUAUGCAUGAACUAAUACAGACAUUUUUACCUAGCAGUAAUUCUGAGUAAUCAGACGUAUAUUUAAUAAAAAUUAAAAUUAAAGACUAACUAACAAUAUCUGUUGAAUAUCUCCAUACCAUUAAGAUUGUCUCCACCUUCAUUCAUAAUUAAUUUAAAUUAAUGAAAAUAAUGAUGGCUAUCGUGGCUGUUGGUAGUUUAUUAUCAAAAACUACUAAUUGGUGAUAGACUCAUGUAGGGCUGAAAUGACUAAGUAUUGGUAGUCACUGUUUUUUUAAAACUACUACAUACUUAAACUUAAAUCACUCUCUUAAACUUAAGUCUUAAAUCAAGUUAAGUUAAGUACCGGUAGCUGUGAAAUUUUGACCUUUUUGUGUCAUCUAGACAAUAAAAAUGUUGCCAGAAAAAUGUGCGCCAAUGUUUUAGACAGCUGUCUCAGUGUCUGGUCUGGUUGUGGUGCAUUGCUAAAAUUAUUUUGUGUAUAUAGUCUCAUUAAUUCACUCAAUCAGGUUUUCAAGGCACAAUAUAAAUAAUAUAAUAAAUACACAUAUUUUUCCUUGUAUACAUUUUAUGUAUUCCGACUUAUGUUUUCAUUUGAUUCUGUGCUAUUUAAAAACAUUGAUUCUGCAUUGCGUUAAAAAAUAAAUAUUUAAUAGUGAUUCUGAGACAUUAAAUUAAUUUGUGUUAUAGAUGAACAAUUUACCCAAUGAAAUUUUUAAAUUGUAUAUAAAAAUAUAAAUACUUAUUAAUUAAGUUAACGAGUGCUCAUUGCGUAACUCAGUAUCGGCCUAUCUCCCACCAGAAAAUCAAUAACAGGGGGGACGGGGACGUGACCAUGUCCCUAAACAGAAAUUGGCCAAAGCUAUUAUACAGUUCCAUGUAACUAAAGUAACAAGAUUUUUUUUAUUAGGGACACUUUGUAUGCGGUAAAACUAUCAUCCUACAUAUUUAGUCCUAUAUUUAAAUUAUAAUUUUAAUCAUAAUAAUUAACACACACAAAAUGUUUACAAUAAAUUUACUUCUCAGCCUCACCUGGAUUUUAUGUUUCAGAUGUGCAGAUAUUACUUUGGCAAAAAAGAAGUUGGGUCUAAUUUUUUCAGACUAUGACCCCAUUCCCCCCAGUAUCAUACAUUUAUGUAUUUUAUGACUUUAUUAUCGAUUAUGAUUAUAUAGCAAUGUAGAAUUCUUUUUUAUAAAGACUGCAGUUUGAAACUCUUCCAAAGUUUUGAUGGCAUUUUCCAAAUUUUAGAAAGUAUCAAAAUGGCAAUUUAAAGCUAAAAUGUUUUCAUGAUUCAUUAUCCAGCUUAAAUGUUGUCACUAGUUUGAACUAGUAAAAAAUGAAUGGGGCAAUACUUCACCAGCAUGAUUGAAUCCAUUUUGGUUUGAUUUGAUUGGCUGGCUACCAAUAGUUAUCUAGAAGCUAUUAAUUUACACACAAACAACUAUAUAACGUCUUGUAUAGCAAAUGUCUCUGACUUAGCUAAGAAACUUGACAGCCUAUAUAUUUAUAGGAAUUAAAUCAGAACGGUCUAGUAAAAAAAAUCCUAGAAAUUGCGUUGCCUAAUGCAAUUCUUUAGAAGAAAUAGAAAGCAUUCGAACAUAAACAACCUUUUCCUAACCAAGGGCGCAAUGUGUGAGUAAUGACACAGCACAUUUACUCAGUGACAUCAAUAUCAAGGCAAUACUAAUGGAGACAAGUGAUGGUAACUAAAAAUAGCUCUAUGUUGAAGUGAAAAAUAGGUCAAGACGUACGCUAUAUGCUAUAACAUGAGUGUACCAUAAACAAAAGCCUGUUUGAAUUUUGAAGCCUAUUAAUGCAUUAUUAAGGAAUUACCAUUUGAACCAUCUCAUUUAAUAUUUCAUAAAUAUUAAUCUAAAAUGAUACUAAAUUAAAUUAUAUUAAACAUCUGUGUUCAGUGGGUUUCUUUUACCUAUUAGAAAGUCUUUUUUUUAAAAAUGUAUCAAAGUUCCAGGAUCACUUUGCCUCUGCUUUUUUUUCAUCCCACCAGCAAUUUGUUUAAUAGUCAAAGCUGAAGGGCAGAUAACAGGCUUAUAAUUCAAACAAUAAAAUAAAAUACUAUCACUGUUAAAUUGUCUUAAAUAUAAGACUCUAAACUAUUAUAAAACACAUCUGAAUCUUUGUCAGUUAGAUUCAAGAAAGGAAGUUUGGUGACCUCGAAGAAAAAAUGGAAGAGAUGAAAUUUUAAAAAAAAGCUCUUAUUCAGGUUUCUGCACAGCUUCAAUGUUCUGGACCUUGACCUUUAAAAUAAAAAUAAAGUUAUGCCUUGAACGUAAAUGUUGGAAAAUUGUUAAAUUUGCGGGUUUUAAGUCAAACAAAAGAAAAUAGAAGUACUCCAAAUAUGAUUUUGAGCUGUAGUGCAGAAGGGCCAUUAACAAGCAUUGUGAUGUCAUGCAGCGCAGUGUAUUCAUUAUUUGCUAUUGACCACAUAUUAUUUUUAAUAUUAUAAAUUGAUUUGUUACUUCAAGGUGUGGGUAAGACAAGCGUGGUGAUAAGGUAUGUCGGAGGAAUGUUUAGUAAAGCUGUUAGUCCCACUAUUGGAGCAUCCUUCUUCACAUAUAAGCUGUAAGUUACUCUAUUUUUUCAAAACUUUUUUUUCUUGCAUCUUAGAUUGAAUUUUAACCAUUAAAAAAAAAAAAAAUAUUCUCAUGCGCCUGCUUGGGCUUUAUACAACUUUCUUUUAUCAUUUAUUCAUUAAUAUGGCUGUGUUCAUUCUCAGGGGGUUUCAAGAGAGCUUCCAGGGCCAUAUUACUUUUGUAAGAAUGGACACAUAUUAGUUUGGCCAUAUGUUCCUGCACAGGGCCGCACCAUACAUCCAUAUUCUGACUAAUGAUGUGUGAGUUGUGUCACAGUGGAAUUUCGAUGGAACAGCGUGCAGCGUCCCAUUAAACCUUUUCACAUGUCAAACACUUUCCUUGGACCACCCAGAUAUCUGGAUCCAGGACUGAAAUGCAUUUUUUUCAACACUGCACAAUGUCAGGAACGCAUCUAUCAUCAAACAUUUUUACAACAUCGUUCAUAAAAAUCAACAUCUCACAACGUAUGACUAAACAACAUUGCAUUACCACAGUAAGGAUCAGAAUAUUUGAUUAAUCGUGUUUAUAAAUUUUUCAGAACUUUGGAGCAAUAUCGAGUAAAGCUUCAAGUCUGGGAUACAGCUGGACAAGAACGGUUUCGAUCAAUGGUAAAUUUUUUCAUCUUGUUUCCAUCUCUCUUUUGUUCAAUUUUAUUUUUCACCAGGAAGCUACUAUUAAUUCCUAACUUCACUUUUAACAACCAACUUAGAAUGAAAGAUAUGAUACAGGUAUCAUCCAAUAUAGAAUUUUCCAAUUGUAGUAACCACCAAACCCCCCCCCCCCCAAAGUCAUAUUAAAAAUAAUUAUAGAAGUGGGGGGGGGGGGGGUGUUUCAGCUCAUUAUUAUUGAUAACAGUUGAGUGUUGAAAUAGUGCAGAAAAUAAUCAACAGCAUGUCCGUUCCCCAUUGAACUUGAUGAAAACCUACUGAGAUUUGACUAAAUAUCCAGGAAAGGAAAACUUAACUCUUCAGGAUACCACAUAACUACCAGUAUGCCCCAUAAUUUAACUAUAUAUAUACACGAAUAGUGCAAAUUGUACCAUUCCACCAUUUUCGUUAAAACUAGGCUUCUGAUUUUUGUUUAAUCAUGAACUAUUUUCACUAAACAUGCUUGAGUCAGUUUUUUAAAAUUUGUUAUCCAUCAUCACUCUUGUUUUCUCUUAAUGGCAGGCCCCAAUGUACUACAGAAAAGCCAAUGCAGCCAUGUUGGUCUAUGACAUCACAUCUCUAGAAAGUUUCUAUGAUAUUAAGGAUUGGGUGAAAGGUGGGUGUCACUUGGGAGCUGGUCUUGUAACAGCAUAAUUUUAUUGCAGUUUGAUGGGUUUUUUCCCAUGCUGAUUAGAAACCUUGUUAAUGGAAGCUUAGAUUAUUAAGGGAUGAGCCAAUUAAACGAAAUACCAUUGCAACUGUUUAACAAAACCUAUAAGAUUAUGAGAAUAACUGUGCACGCAAUAAUUUUCCUGGAAACAGAAACAAACAGGAAAUGCUUCACCUGAAAGCCUAUUUGAUCUUGGGCAAAAAUAUACAAUGAUUUCAGCUGGAUUUGCUUUUUUGAAGCCGCAAGGAUAAGAUAUUCUGUUGUGGUCUGUCUUUGGGUUAAGCCUGUAAGGCUAAGGUACUCUGUUGUGGUCUUUCUUUGGGUUAAGCCUGUAAGGCUAAGUACUCUGUUGUGGUCUGUCUUUCGGUUAAGCAGCAUGAUAUUUUAAACAUAAUUGGUUGUAUGAAUUUUAUCAUUUCAUGGGCUUUUUAAUCAGGGAGUUAUGAAACGUAAUACAAAUGACUGCAUAGUUUGGGUGUCAGCUGUUUUCAUUGUGUAAAAAUCUAUUUUUACUUCUCAUAUUUUGUUUGAAGGAAUACUGUUCCCUACUUAUGUUAAUUUUUUUUUUUCAUUGCAGAACUGAAGAAAAAUGUUGAUACUCCAAUUGGUGAGUAGGACUUAUCUUAUUUUUUUUCCCCUUGGCUAAUAAGAUUAUACUCUUGUUUUGGGAAUAGUUAAACUUUGCAGUCACAGAGAGAUAUGGAUGUAGGCAUAGGUAUAGGAGAGUGUGGGGGGGGGGGGAAGAUCUGCCUAGGGAAGCACCUAUUUUGAGGUUGCAUUUUCCACCCACUUCAGAAAUAGCUUAUUUUUAAUCCUUAUUCUGCAAGCAUUUUGGUUUUUGUUUAUUUGUGGGGGCAAAAAUCAUCAAGUACUGCCCUGAGCUUCACUUGCUCUAGCUGCUCCACUGGAUAUGGAUAUUAUUAUAUCAACUAAUAUGUAACAAUGGGUUAUUAUUGCUAUAACUUAUUUCUAAAUAGAAGUUCUUAAUUUUGAAAAAUGUAACUAAUAAGUAAGGCCCUAUAAGAUCAUUGUAAUCAGUUCCAAACAAACAGAGUGAAAUAACUAAAUCUGCAAUAACCAAAUAUGACAUAACCAAAUAUGACAUAACCAGAUUUGACUUAACCAUAUAUGAAAAAAUCAAAUAUGACAUAAGCAAAUAUGACAUAAUCAAAUAUGACAAAACUAAAUAUGAAAUAACCAAAUAUGAAAAAAAAAAAUUAAAUAACCAAAUAUGACAAAACCAAAUAUGACCUAACCAAAUAGGACAUAACCAAAUAUGUAUAGUAAUAAUAAGGCGGAAAAUUUAUGUUAAAAAUGCUAAUUAAAGUCAGGGUUUGCAUUAUAUGGUCAUGCGCUGCAUUUAAGCAAUUUUUCAAUAAACGAUAUAUACAAAUGCCCAAGCAACCACAUCUACGGAACUGGCUCAUAUUUGGUGGCAGUGUGCAUUGUCUCUAUGCAUGAAGCAAAUUUGAUCUGAUUUUAAUCUUAUUGAAAGAGCCCUUUUAAUUUAUCUCCAUAGUCCUUUGCCUCCUUGGUAAUAAGAGUGACCUUGACAGUGGGAGGAAGGUUAGCAAGGAGGAUGCUGAAGAGUAUGCCUCAUCCAUUGAUGCCCUCUUCUUUGAGACUUCUGCAUUGAAAAACACAGGUAAUGAAAUAGACUGUUUAAGAUCUCUCAGUGUCACCUGGCCCAAAUGUCAUCAAACAUUAUUCUGUGAUCUGACCCAAAUGUCACCAAACAUUAUUGUGGGAUCUGACCCAAAGUCGCCAAGAAUUGUUGUCAUUUGAAGUGAAAUUCACCAAAAAUUAUUCUCAUUUGACCCGAAAGUCACCAAAAAUUAUUGUGUCAUCUGACCUGACAGUUGCCUAAUUUCCUCAUUCCUGCCGAAGACAAUAGGGGACUGGAACAAGCUUCCAAAAGCAACAGUUGAGGCGGCUACACUCGAUACAUUUGUGUCUAUUGCCUCCUGUAUUCCAACCCCCAGUUCAUAACACCACUGCUGAGUCGCCCUUGCAACCAGUGAAGUAUCCCAUUGAAACUCAUGGACAGUAACAUCGCAAACCCCUCUGAAACAUAGGAGCCAGAAUGAUCAAUUCAUUGAUCGUGGGCCCUUAAAAUAAAGAAGAAGAAGAAGACAUAAUUCUUUAAGCUUAAACACAUACAUAUAAACAUAUAAAUAUACUAUCAGCUGAACCGAACACUGCAGAGGCUUGAAUAAAAAGUUUAUUUAAAAAAAUUAACAAUAACAUAAAGACAACCAGUAACACUAGUUUGGUUAAACAUAUUUGUUAAACAUUAUUUUAGAUAUGGUAACUGAAAACCUUGUUAAUAGCAGCAGAUAAACAAAAAUCACACUAUGUAAAUAACAAUUUGGGCUCAUUUGCAUGCACAUAAUAUUGCUGUUAAUAAUAAUAAUAUUGAAAUGAUUCUUUCUAAAUACACGUUUUUUGUGUAAGACCAGUUUUAACUGAUUGCCAAGGUUUCAACAGAGUUAUAAGUAUUUUUUCUACUAGGGCUAGCUAUUACUACUGUGUUUCCUAGGCUCAAUAUAAAUAUUAUUUAUUUCUCUUCUUUCAGGCAUUGAGGAUGCAUUUCUCCAAGUCUCCAAACACCUGAUUCACUUGUAUGAGACAGUUCCCAACAGUGGCAUGGGCUCCCUCAUUGCCCAACAAGCCCCAGACAUGUUCGUGCCAAAUCAGGGGAUGGUGCUGUCCAACAGAAAUCAAGACAGCGCCAGCCCACCACAGACGUCUAAUUGCUCUUGCUGAAAAAAAAAAAAGUCAAGUUCAUCCCUAAGGCUCAGACUGAAAAGGCGCUAACUUUACUGUAUGUAGUUUAGAUGGACCAUUCCUGAACGCAAGUGAUAUGUCAGUAUGGUUGCAAGGUUUUGUUCCGAGAGUGCUGGAUGCUUCAUCCAUGUGUAGAUGUGGCUGAUGUAUUUGAGAAAUCUUUUGUAUUUAUGAUAGCAUAGUGUGUGGAUUGAUGUAGAUGUGUGACCCAAAAAGUUUUUCAUUGGCUUGUGGCCUCCUGCUUUUUAAAAAAAAAAAUUUAUUCUUGAGAAUUGAAUAUUUUCAUGAAAAAGAAAUGGAUAUAUUGCCCUAGCUUUUUACAAAUAAUUGUUUUUAUUUAAGUAGAGUAUAUCUACUAUUCUUGAAAACAUUCUUGUGUAAAUUUGAUGUACAUACAUAAGGAAAAUUAUUCUUUCCCUCCUUAAUUACAUAGUUUCACAUUUUCAUUGCUGAGUUUUUGGAUGUAUAAACCCUGACAUUUUCUGACAGAACCCUGACACUAAAGAACAUAAAUCUUGACAUUAUCCAACAUAACCCCUAACACUAUUUAACAUAACCCCUGACAAUAUUUAACACAACACCUGUACUAUAAUUUCUUCAAAGACAUUAACAGAGAUUUUCUGCAAUAUCAGGAAACUCCAGAAUUGAGAAUUUUUAUCAACACACUGUAUAACAGUUUCCAUUGUGCUAUGUGAAACAGCAAUGAGGUACAGUUUUGUGGGGCAACAGUGUUGUGCAGAAAUUGGACUGUGGAUUUGAUUGAUUGAUAGAUGUCUUAAUUAAGGGUACAUAAUCGGUGUGAAAAGAGGUAUCGUACUUGUAAGUAAUAAUUUUCAUCUAUCAAUAAUAAUAAUGAUAUUAUGAUUCAGAUGUAAUCUGGUCUAAACAUUUGUGUGGGUUUUCUAACAUUCAUUUAUAUUACACAUGCAUAGCUUUGAUUGCGAAACAUUUUAAUUUUUAGGUCUAAAUUACAUGUUAGUGAGAUACUUGUGUGGUAAUUCAAUUGAUAAUAACUCUCAGGAGUGAUAAGGUCAAUAUUAUACUGGAUACAGGUCCACACAUUUUUAGUUUUAAUUAAUGGUUGGGUAAAUUACUGAAAGAAUUAAUUUCAAUGAAAAAAUGCCCUCAGCAAUAGAUAUGAUAUCUAUGAUGUAAUAUAUACCUACUACAUGCAAUUUAAAAAACCUUUGGUUUGAAUGUAAAAAAAAAAAAAAACACCCUUAAAAUCAAUGUUAACGGUAUUGUUAAUGUUAACUUGCAGAACAAGAUAAGGUCGUGGUAACCUUUUUGUCAUAAAGACAAGAAUUAUUAUAAGCUUGUAACAGGUGCAGAACAUGAAUGCACUAUAACGCAUCAUUGUUCCAUAUAGGGUUUAUAAUGUUUUUGUUACAAAAAACUUGACCAUUUUCAACUAGUAUUACUAAUAGUAGUAAAGCAAAGUCACAUUUUGUUUAUCUGUAAUCAAUUUUGAAAAUUAAUUUUUUUUUAAAAAUGUAUCCCUUCUUGAAAAGCUUUAUGGUCAGUGAGGCUGUCAAUGCUUCAAUUCUGACAAGUUUGAGAACUGUUGAUUUUAACGAAACAAAAAAAAAAGUAUAUAAGCAAAAUGGUAGAUAUGUUUUUUAGAUGCCAUUUAUGAAAUGAAAAUGUUUUUCUUUUACCUUUAGAUGGACAUUUUUUGUUUUGUUUAUUUUUAUAUACCGGGGUAAUGAUGAAAAGAGUAGUUUACUUAACCUCUCUCAAGCUUUACAAAUUCACGUCUGCAUCGGUUGUGAAUUGUGUAAUUAUGUUUUGUUUUUAAAGGGCAAUACAAUGAGCUAUCAUCUAUGUGGGAAAUGUGUUUGCUAUAAUGUUUGUGAGUUACAUACAAAUGAGUGCCUAGAUUAUGUUUAUACAACAACUGUAUUAUAUUAUACAAGAAUAUGAUGUGAUAUCUACACAAGCCUAAUGAUGAUUUUAUAUGUAACUGUUAAAGUGGGAGAAUCCUAACAUAAGGAUUCCCACUUUGUCUUGUCUUUUUAAUCAUGAGCUAAAAUAACAUUAAUUCUAGUUGUGAUCACUCGAUUUUGUUAUGAGAUAUUAUAAUAAAAGUUCACCGACCUCAUCAUUUCACAGCAAUAUUUGUUGCGCGUGCCUAGCUAUCUACAAAAAUCACUGCUUUAAUAUUUGUGCUGUUUACUGCACUAGAAAGACGAAACAAACUUUGUGAAAUCAUUCACUUAUGGUUCAUUGAUUUCUCGAGUUGUUUUUAUAUCUUGACAUAUAUUGCAGCUGUUAACCUAAGUUUUUAACUAAAGUCGACUCUGUGUAUUGGAUCCCUAAAGUCUAGUUUGCUUUGUCCAGCGUCCGCACAGGUUUUACUUUUGUUUGUCUGUGUUUUCUAUUUCUGCCUUACAUAAGUCAAGGAGACCAGUUAUACCAUCACAUUUAAAUGUGAAAUAAAUUUUGGAACUUCAAUUAAAUUUUUAAAAAAGUAAUGGUUUUGAUGCCCCACCUAUGUCUUACUUCCUCUGCCACCCAGCUAAACCAGUGCAGCUUUUAAAAUACAUGUGUGAUUACUUACUUGUUGUGUGCUUACACAACUGGAUGUGUGUCGGCAAAUUUUAGUUGACCCAACCAGUUCUACAAUGACCACCACCACCAUCAGUACAUGUGCACCAACAUGAGCACUGCUCAUCAUUCAUCUUUAUUCACUAAACAAUGUAAUGAUUAUAAAUGUGGAACUUUGAUUUGUCUUUACACCAUAUCAAUAUGUGAAUACUAACAGCUGUUUUCUAUGAAUUCAAAUCUCUGUAAUGUACAGAUGAAUCAAGCUCAGCAGCUGCUCUGUGUCAAGUGUGUCAGAAUUCAUGCUCUAGUUGUUCUAACAUAUCUGGACUGCACCUGAAUGUUUUUUUAAUGAUGACUAAAUUUAAACAUUAACUACAGUAAAAAAAAAAAGAAGAAAAAGGCUUUUUUGCCAUGCCUCUAAAAUGCAGAACCCCAUUAUUUACAACACCCCAGAGCAGUGGUUGGCAAAUCGUGGGUCGCGAGCCGCAUGCUGCUCUUUAACAAUCUGAGUGCGGCCACAAAUCCGUUUUGACUCCGAAAAACAUGGUUCUUGACAAGAAAUUUGGCUCUCAACAAAAUUUUAAUCGUCCUGCUGCUGAUUUUUGGCUCUUUUGACUAAUGAGUUUGCCGACCACUGCCCCAGAGCAAUCAUUUUGUAAAUUUGCCCAUUGAUUGCUUAACAAUCUUGGUGUUCUCUUUAUUUGAUUUUUAUAAAAUUUAUUUCAUUUGUGUUGUAUGUAUACAGUAAUAGUUACAAAUAGCACAGUCUUUAGUAAUCACAUUUAAAAAAAAAUAAAUUGCACUUUGAUUCUCUUUGUUGAUGAAUAUUUACAGAACAGUGGUCAAUUUAGCAGAAACCAACUGCUGGUUUAUAGAACUUUUGAAAUUUUUUAAAAGUUUGUAAAUGAAGACCCUAGUGCUAAAAGUAUUAUUAAGUUACUUUUGUGUUCAAAUCAAUCUAAAAUGUGACCAUUUUCCUUAUCCGGUUUAGCAUAAAUUUGAACACAUUAAAAUUUAUUAGAGAUAGAGUCCCUUAUUUUAAAAAAACAAAACAAAAUAAUAACGAUCAAGUUUCAUAAAAAAUAAUAUUAGAACAGGAUUAUCUCAAAAUGGGUAUUUUGUGACUUAGGUAAUUUUAGAUCUGCUGUCUCCAAUUUUUAAUUGCAAUUGCAAUUUGCUGUGGUACCAAGAUUUAUUUAAUCCAUUUACACACCUACUGAACUUGUUGAAAAAUACCUUAGCUUGAUUUGGUAUAAUCUAUUGAACUGGUUGAAACAUAAAGUAAACUUGAUUAGGUAUUUAACUGAUCAAAUACAUUUUAUUAUAAAUUUAUAGGUCACAUUUUCAAUAGGGCAUUGUGUCAAGGUUUUUCUUUUAUUCUGAUAGUGAGACUGUUAGCAAUUCAGAUCAAAUUAAAUUGGUUACAGUUUAAGUACCAUAUAUAUUAAUUUGACUCUUCCUUUUCCCAACUAACUUCUUUGUUAGCCUAACUAACUUCUUUAUUAGCCCUAUUAUUUCUUAUAUAGUUAUCUGGUUAAUAAUAACCAUUGUAAAGUUUGUGAAUGUUAUGUCAUUGAAACUUCUGUCAUUUUACUAUGGCACUUCAACAAUAAACAAAUAUUUUCAAUAU